ACGCCUCCUGUGAACAAGGUGACGAGGAGGUCGAGCAUCCGGUACAUAAGAGUGAAGGACUUGAGAGAGCCAGGAAGUCGUGUCUUUUGCUGCAGCCGAGUGCGUCUUUGGAUUUCUUCAACAGAAAACUGCAACAGCAGAUUGUUGAAAGUUUAGAGUUUCAUUUCGUCAUCAUGGGUGUCAAGGUGUAUGGAAUUCCCAUGUCCACUGCCACGAGGAACGUCUUGAUGGUUCUGAUGGAGAAGGAGGUCGAUUUCGAGCUGGUGCCAGUGGACAUGAAAAAUCUAGGACACAAAUCACCCGAACAUUUGGCUAUGAACCCCUUCGGCAAAGUCCCCGUGUAUCAGGACGAUGAUAUCACUUUGUUCGAGUCCCGGGCGAUUAAUCGAUAUGUUGCCAGCAAGUACGAGGGUCAAGGAACACCUCUGCUUGGGUCAACUCCUAAAGAGCAAGCUCUUGUCCAGCAAUGGAUGGAGGUAGAAGGACAGAGCUACUAUCCACCUUGCGGGGCUCUCGUGUCGCAGCUCUUCUUCAACAAGAUAUUCACAGGCCAAGGUCCCGAUCCGGCCAUCGUUGAAGUCAACGAAGCAAAAUUCAAUGCUGUCUUGGAUAUUUACGAGGCCCGGCUUUCCGAGAGCAAGUAUCUGGCCGGUGAUUUCUUCUCUCUUGCGGAUAUCGGUCAUUUGGCUCACACUGAAUACUUCAUGGCGCACACCGGAAAGGCCGAUCUCAUUAACAGCAGGAAGCAUGUGGCAGCUUGGUGGAAGGAUAUCUCCACCAGACCCACAUGGAAGAAGGUGAUAUCAUACGGACAGUAGUUCCGUAACUCUUUGUACAUAGUCUGACACCAUUUUGAAUUAGCUGAAUGUCCUACUUGAAUUGGUAUAGCGAGCACUGUAAACGGCGAGAUAAGACAUCUUCGUUCUUCGUCAAAGGAUCUGAGCUCUCAAUCGCUCUUGUGCGGACUAGAUGAGCCGACAGGCUUUCCAUUCAACUCUGGAAUGUACUCAGUUUCAACUCGAGGCUUUGUUUCAGUAAAGCGAAUUUAUUGAGCAGAUGAAAU